AUGAGUCACCGCCUGAGUGCUGGGAACAUGAAGGAUGCUUACUGGGCAAAACCAUCUGAAAGAUAAGAUGAGAUAGAGACAAACACCAGCAACUACACAGAGGGAGCACUCAGACCAGUUUCACACAGUGAGAAGUUGUUCUAACUCAUAUGUUACUCAGGACAUUCAACCGAUUCUCGAGAGUCUUUUAUGAACAGAACUCACCAUGAAGUACAGGACGGUGGUGAUGUACAUGGAGAUCGGCUGCUUCGUCUCCUGUCUGUGCGGCUGGAUCCUGGUGUGCUCCACCCUCCCCACUGAGUACUGGACCUUCUCCGAGGUGGGCAGCAUCGUGCUGACCACCUCCAACUACUACUCCAACCUGUGGAAGGACUGCAUCUCAGACACCACGGGGGUGUCUGACUGCAAGGAUUACCCCUCCAUGCUAUCUCUGCCUGCGUACCUCCACGCCACCAGAGCGCUCGCCGUCUGUGCCGUCAUCACCGGCUUCUUCGGAGGCGUCCUCGCCCUCAUAGGGAUGAAGUGCACUAAAAUAGGAGGAUCAGAGAUUGCCAAUGCCAGGGUGACCUUUGCCGGCGGUAUAACCUACCUAGUCUCAGGAUUCUGCGGCAUGAUCACCUACUCAUGGUGGGCCAACAGGGUCAUAACAGAAUUCUUGGAUCCACAUUUCAGGGCACAGAAAUUUGAACUUGGAGCUGCUAUUUUCAUCGGCUGGGGAGGCUCCAUCCUUCUCAUCUGUGGAGGGACUGUGCUGACGUACUUCUCCGGAAAAGAGGGCCUACCAUCGAGUUCUCCAAAGGGGCCACAGAGACCGGCCACUUAUGCCACCGCCAGGACCCGACGGACCUACAUGCUGCCCGGCUCGUCCAGAGUGACCCUGGUGCCGCCGCUGUUUUAUGAAGGCAGGAAGAGCCGGGCAACAAGAGCGACAACGAAGACCGGUCGGACCUUCAGCAGGGACAGCUUUGUCUGAGCUGGAGGUCAAACUCUGAGCUGAGUGUGUGACUCGAAAGACUUUGAAAGAAUAUUUUGUCAUUUUUGGAAACACGCUACUCAGCCUACUCUUUUACUCUCACUGUAAGCAUGGUCUCCAGAUCUCAUCUCUCCAGAUUUUGCAAUAUGUCUGUUAUUUUGUUUUCAGACAUUCCUAAUUUAUGGCAGGUUGUUGUCUUUCAUCAGAGAACAUCAACUGUCUCUUGACCCUUUGAUUCCUUUCCCUUCUAGCUGUAGGCUUUGUUGUUUUGAAAAAGGCUCAAAGGUUCAAUAUAAAAGAGAAUAAAAACAAUGGAUGGUCAUAACGCAGCUUGACAACAUCAGAUCAUGUGACACGACUGUUUACAAAUCUGUGCAAAAUUAAAACAUGCCUCAUGAAUCUUCUGCAGUUCAGUAAAAUAUUUUAAUAUGUAGUAUAUGUGUUGAUCUCUGUUGCAUGAUUGAUCACUGGUCAAGAUAUAACCCUUAUGAAGGUAAGACAGUCAGAAAUGUCAUAUGUAUGUAAUGUAAAUAAAGAUACAUGCUCAGGCAUACCUGUUCAUAUAAAUUCAUUCAAAAGAGAAUACUUAUACUUGUAUGUCACGACUGACUGUCCUCUUAACCCAGCUGCUGCAAAGCUGUCAGGACAGGAAGCCAUCACAGCUGCUGCUCCCAAUAAAAACCCAGUUCCUCAUAUUAAACAUCAGUUUCUAGGACGAAGUAGCCAAUAAGAACGAAGCACCGAUACUGUGGGUUUUAUGUCUGCUAUCCAACAGCAUGUUACUAAUAAGUUACACAUGGAAGUGCUGUUGGAAGUAUUACAAUUAUUUACUUAUAAAUGUAAAACUGAAACUAAAACUGUAAAGCUACCAAUGUACUUGAUUUAAAGUAUUCAAAGAGCAUUAUAAUCAUGUACAGAUAUAUAAGCACCAUUUUAAUGUUGUUGGUUGAGGUUAAGGUGCAUGUUUUGUUGUAACAGCUUUCAAAUAAAUGUAGUGCAGUAAAAAGUGAAGUAUUUCUCUCAAAAUCAUAUGGAUCAUUUGCAGAAACAACUAAUAUGAAUUGCUUUAAAAAAAAAAAAGUACUGACCAUAAAGUACUGAAAAUUAGUUUUCUGCCAUUUUGUCAGUAACCUUAUGAGAUUGUUUACCCCCAAAAUGUUAAGACAGCAAUGAAAAUGUUUUGUUGUAGAAGAAAUUCAGUUAAUGAUUUUUAAUAUAAAGGUUUGUUGCAGGCUGUUAGCCGACUUGACUCCUUUAAGUCUUGUAUUGCUGAAAGU